AUGUUGGAUUGUGGAUGGCGGGGCCACAUUCACAUUUCUCAUUCACCUCUUACACAUAAUCACACUACGCGUCAUCAUGAAUUUGUGGGCUUGCCCAAUGAAGAACAGGCAGAAAUCCACAACAUUGGGUCUAUUAAAUUAACAAAAGACUUGUCUCUUGAUGAAGUUCUUCAUGUUCCCAAAUUUCAUGUCAACUUGCUAUCUGACGUGGAUACGAAGAAGACGAUUGGCUUGGGCAAGCAUUUUGAUGGGCUUUACUACCUCACACCUGCCCAAAAUCCUCACCUCAUUAGUCAUGUUCGCCGCACCUCAGAUCUUUGGCAUCAACGUCUAGGACACCCGUCACCUGCUCCUCUUCAGUCUCUGUCAAAGAAUAUUCCUGAAAUAAUCCUGCCGAUCCCUCACCGAUCCGAGCCUAUCAAACGACCUAUCACUCAUUUUCAAGAGUAUCAAGCUCAUCACACUGUCUUGCUCGCGCCCGACGUUGUCUCUUCAUCCACGUCUGGAACCAGGUACCUUCUUCAUAAGCACAUCUCUUACUCUGGGUUAUCUUCCAAUUAUCGAAAUUUUGUGUGCAAUGUCUCUCACUUGGUCGAGCCCACUAAUUAUGAACAUGCAUGUCGUGAUCCCAAAUGGGUUGCUGCUAUGCAAUCUGAACUACAAGCUCUUGAUGCCAAUCACACUUGGUCUUUGGUCCCUCUUCCUUCUGGCCAUCGCCCAAUUGGCUGCAAGUGGAUAUUUCGAAUUAAAUAUCACUUUGAUGGCACCGUUGAUCGUUACAAGGCCCGCCUUGUUGCCAAAGGGUUCAACCAACGCGAGGGUAUUGAUUUCCACGACACUUUUGCCCUUGUUGCGAAAUUAAUCACUGUUAGUUGCUUGUUGUCUAUUGCUGAUGUUCGUCACUGGCCUCUACAUCAAAUGGAUGUCCAGAACACCUUUCUUCAUGGCAAUCUCCAAGAGGAGGUUUACAUGUUACCCCCGCCUGGUUCUCGUCGACAAGGGGAGUAG